CCGGGGCUCACCCAAGUGGUUGUUGGAAACUCCGAGCAGAGAACAAAAGCAAUCAGACAGCCUCACGAAGAAUAUCGACCCAGUAAGAUGCAUUCCUAUCAGCACUCACCCGUCAAAUCACAACAGCAUCCUAUAAUCCAAGCCAACAUGGACGAAUACAAACGUUUCGCGACUCUCCACGGUUAUGAAGGAAAUCAACAAACCGAACAUUUCGAGGUAGUUUUGAAGGCCGUUGGGGUCGAAAGACUGCGAACCUAUCAUGACGACCUGGAAGAGAUGAUCCUGAUCAAACUGAAGCCGGCCGAUACAAAGCAUGAAGAUGUCAUAUCGCGAUGGGCAAAAUUCUUCCAUGGCUACAAACGCUCCUUUGCCAAGCUCAAGAAGAUUCUCAAUCUCACCGAUGCAGAUCAUGAGAAUCAAAUCAAGCAACUUGUUGAGCUCGCUCACUUCAUUCGAUUCCCCACCGAGAAAGAACCCUCUGGAAUGUCGCAAGAAGAAAUGCUUACCAGAAUCCAAACUCUUCACCCCACAGACCGCAAACGCUUUGGGAAGCUUCACUGCUGCGAGGGAGUUACACUUGUCGAAUCCUUCUCAGUGCUUUUCGAGGCCGUUGGAAUCAAAAAGCUGCAAGUGUACCUUAAGAAGCUGGAAAAUAUUGUGGAACUGAAGCCGACUGACACAAAGCAAGAAGACGUCAUAUCACAAUGGGCAAAAUUCUUCCAAGGGUACAAAGGCUCAUUUGCUAGGCUAAAGGAGAUCCUCAAGCUCACCGAUGCAGAUCAUGAGAAUCAAAUCAAGCAACUCGUCAAGCUUGCUCACUUUGUUCGAUUCCCCAUGGAGAAAGAACGCUCUGGAAGGUCACAAGAAGAGAUGCUUACCAGAAUUCAGUCAGACAAAAAAUCCCGAAAAUCUCAACAGCAACGUACUGAAUACAAGCGCUUUGAGAAGUUCCAUGACUAUGAUGAAGAUGAAAUUGCUAGGAAAUUCAUAGCAAUUGUGGAGGCUGCUGGAGUGGCAAGGCUACAACAGUACCAUGAAGACCUGCAAACAUUGAUGCAGUCGUUCAAGAUAGACCUAUCUGUUUUCCGGUGCUACUGGGCAAGAUUUUAUCAGGGAGGAAGAGACUCCUUCCCCGAACUCAAGAAACGCCUCAAACUCACCUAUCAAGACCAUCAGCAUAUCAAUAUCAUCAGGAAAUUCUUCCAGCUCGCUUACUUCAAUCGAUUUCCCACCCAGCAAGACUCCUCUCGAAUGUCAACAGACAAAAUUCUCAUUGCACUCAGACCUAAAAAAUCUUCUCCCUAAACAACAAUUGACACUGUGGAACAGCUU